GAACUACGUCUUUAACACGAAUUAAGACCAAAUUAUAAAUAUUAUAUUACAUUAUUUUGCCUUUUUUAUAUGGGUUAAAUAAAUUCUCAUAGAUCGCACCAGCUACGAAUAAAGUAAAGUCGAAACAAUCACUGGCCGUGCCACACACAUACCAGCCACAUCGAUCGGUGUCCAGUCCAGUAAAUUUUAGUCCAUAACAAUAAUGCCGAUAGCUGAUAAAAUAAAUUGUUUAUUGAUAAGGAACGGUGUAACAUCUGCGUAAAUCUAAUAUCUCCUGCCGAAGUCAGUUUAAUACAUGAGUAUAUUUGACAGAAAUUAUUAAUAACAAAUAAGUACCUAUUAGAAAAUGAAAAUCUGUAAUUUAAUGUCAAGCUUUUGACUUUAAGCCUUUUUUUAAUUUUUUUUAAAUAAAAACUUUAAUUAUGUCUCUUUUAUUCAAUGCUGGACAAAGAGUACUAACUUCUAUAAGAUACGUUUUGUCAAAUCGUACAAAUGCAGCAAAAACCAUUAUCUUUGGAUUUUCAAUCCUUGGUUUCAUUGGAUUUGAAGAUAGUGAAACAGAUAGUCAAGUAAUCGAUAUAAUUGAAAAAGGACUAUUGUAUUUAAAAAAUGAUGAUUAUAAUGCUUUUGAAAAAACAUUACAUAAGGCUCUCAAAAUGGCCAAUGAUUUAAAAAAUGUUGCUGGUAUUACACAUGUAUAUGAUGUAUUAGCAAAUGGAGCAUUUAUGAAUAAAGAAUAUGAAAAGGCGAAACAUCUAUUUAUCAAAGUUAUUAAUCGGUUACUUGAGCAAGGAGGUCAAUAUUAUGAUCUUAAUGUUCUAUACACAAGUCUUAAGAUUUCUAAAAUUCAUGAACUUCAAAAAGAUUACAAAAAUUCUGAAAAUGGUUAUAUAUAUUGUUCACAACAUUUGGAAGACAAGAUUAAAAUGCAUCCUGAAAACAAAGAUGUUUUAGGUUUAUAUGCUUUGACAUUCGACGCAUUUGGUCGUUAUUUAAUGAACCGAGGACAAUUUAAACAUGCAAUUUCUUAUUUUAGAAAGGCAUAUAAAGCUAGUGUCAAGUUAAAUGGAGAAAUUUUUAAAAUGAAUGUAAUUUUGUUGAAUGAACUGGCAACCUUAUGCUAUGUUCAAGGAAAGUCAAAUAAAGCAAUUCAAUACUUAAGAAAGGCAGAAGAAAUUGGGCGACGUCUUCCUGGGAUGGACAAUUUUUCUAUGAUAUACAUAAAUCUUGGUCACAUCUACUUAGAACAAGGACUGUUAAAAGAAGCAGAAAAAAAUUGUAUGGAAGGAAUGAAAAAUGCUACAAGACAUAAUUAUAACGAAGGCAAAAAAGAAGCAGAAAUUUGUUUAGCUGAAAUAAAAGAUGCUAUGAAGUGUAAGAUUUAGUGAAUUUAUUUUUGUUUUAUAGACCAAUUUUUUAAUAAGUACUUUAUUUCUUUAAAUCUUUAAUUUUAUUUUAUUACUACAAUUUGCUUAAUUUUCUGUUGUAUGUAUGUUAAAAUGGAGUUUUUGUGUACAGGAAUAAAAUUCUUAAGUUAUACUUCUUAA